GGGUGGGUAAUUCUGUCACAGAUGAGUUGGUCCCCUGAACUUAACUACCAGCUCAUGUCCAGGGGACCUUAGUAUCUGAGACCAAGACAUUUUACUACAGUCAUGUCUUUUGCAGGGAGCUAAGAUCACCAGGAAUCAUCUGCCAUUCCAGACCCCUUGCUGCUUCCUGCCAGGUGGCCCCCACUGCCAAGAAGAAAUGGUGGAUUUCCCAGUCUUGCCAGACUUCUCCCAGCAAGUACCUCUGUCCAACAAUCUCUUCUUAUUCACACAUCUCCUUCUUCUUCUUUGGCCUGGAGAGAUGAACUCAGAGGAGGUCAGUGUGGUAGGCCCUGGGGAAUCCAUCCUGGCACUUGUGGGGGAAGAAGUGGAGUUCUCAUGCCACUUGUCACCAUACCUGGAUGCUGAGGAUAUGGAGAUCCGCUGGUUCCGGAGUCGGACCUCUGAAGUGGUCCACCUGUACCAGGGGCGGCAGGAGCUCUACAGCCAGCAGAUGGUGCAGUUCCAGAACAGGACCAAACUCCUCAAAGAUGAUAUCAUGGAUGGUAGUGUGAACCUGCAACUCCUUGGCAUCAUUCCUGCUGAUGAGGGCCUGUAUGGGUGCCGUUUCCUCUCCAGCAACUUCUCUAGGGAAGCAGUCUGGGAGCUGGAGGUAGCAGGGAUGGGCUCAGACCCUCACAUCUCCCUUGAGGGCUUCAAGGAUGGAGGCAUUCAGCUGAAGUGCAGUUCCAGUGGCUGGUACCCCAAGCCCCAGGCUCAGUGGAAAGAUCAUAAAGGACAGUGCCUGCCUCCAAAGAUGGAAGCCAUAGUCCAGGAUGCCCAGGGCCUGUUCAAUCUGGAAACAUCUGUGAUUGUUCAAGGGGGUGCCCACAGUAAUGUGUCCUGCUCCAUCCAGAACUCUCUCCUGAUACAGAAGAAAGAGUUCACCAUCCAGAUAGCAGAUGCAUUUUUACCCGGAACCUCACCCUGGAAGAGAGCUUUCCUUGGGUCUCUGGUGGGACUGCCAUUCCUGCUGGCUUUUCUCUUGACGCUGGCGCUGUACUUCUUUCAGAAGGAACGUAGGUCCCAAGAAAAGUUGAAGGAGCAGGCUGAGAAGGACAAAGGGAGACUCACAGAAGAGCUGGGGAAGCUUCAGACAGAGCUUGACUGGAGAAGGGCUGAAGGCCAGGCUGAGUGGAGAGCAGCCCAACAAUAUGCAGUGCAUGUAACCCUAGAUCCGGCCUCGGCGCACCGCAGCCUGGUGGUCUCCGAGGAUGGCAAGAGCGUGUCCUCUUGCGCAGCAGUGUCCGGCUCUGUGGCGGGGGACCAGCAGCGGUUCUCUGAGCAGACGUGCGUGCUGAGCUGUGAGCGCUUCUCAGCUGGCCGACACUACUGGGAAGUGUAUGUGGGACGGCGCAGCCGCUGGUUCCUGGGUGUGUGUCUGGCUGCAGUUCCCCGCUUGGAGCCAGUGCGCCUAAGCCCGGCCAGCGGUUACUGGGUGAUGGGGCUGUGGAACCACUGUGAGUACUUCGUCCUGGACCCACACCGCAUCCCGCUCACCCUGCGCGUGCCGCCCCGGCGCGUGGGCAUCUUCCUGGACUGGGAGGCAGGAAAACUGUCCUUCUUCAACGUGUCCGACGGCUCCCACAUCUUCACCUUUACCGACACCUUCUCAGGCACGCUCUGUGCGUAUUUCAGGCCCAGAGCUCACGACGGUGGUGAACACCCGGAUCCCCUAACCAUCUGUCCAUUGCCUAUUAGGGGGACACAAGACCUGGAAGAGGAUGACCAUGACACUUGGUUACAGCCCUAUGAGCCCACAGAUCCCACCCUGGGCCUAUAGUGAGGCAAUCUUUUGCCUGCGGGUCUGGGUCUUUGGCGGCUUCCUGGAUACUUUUUGCUCUCCCGCUUCUACGGAGGAAGCAUCACAAAAAUGUCAGCAAAGGCUAAAGACUCAGCACAGCAGAAAGGGAACAAAAAGAGGAACCUUUGCUUAUAGGUGUGUGUAUACACAUAUAUACAUAUAAAUACACACACACACACACACACACACACAAUUUUCUUUAAGAAAAAGAGGCAAUUCCAAAGCUUGUUUGUGUGGAUGGUAAGAAAAAGCAAAUGAAUAACAAUAAAUUCAUGCUGUCAGUAGCCACAGUAUGCACUGUGGAAGACCAGAAAGAAACUGGAAUGGAGGAAAGAUGGAGGGAAAUCUUACUGGACUGGAUAAGAAGAAUCGGUUAGCUUGUAUAUUUUUUAUACUUUUUGUAUAUGUUUUCUAGUUCUAAAAUGUCUAGAAGCAAUGACACUUCAUAAGCAAUGAGUUCACUUAGGGCUUAGAUCCCAGUGUUAAAUGGCAUUUCUCACUGAAAUGAACUGGGAGAAAUGGUUGAUUCCAGGGUUGGAGCAGAGAAAGUACAGGUGAAUCUGGAACAUUGUGUAUUCAAAUGUGCUCAGAACAGAUGGGGACAUAGGAACUAGGAUGAAGAGGCUCCACUAGCCAGUUAUGAGACAGCUUGAACAUUAUAAUGAAUAAUGACAAGAAUUGAUCAACAAGGAAUUGAGCAAAUAAGAAAAUUCCCUAAGUGUGCCGAGAGGUUUCUCAGUCAGAAAAUAAAUACAAAAAUGCAGAAAAAGGAAAGAAGAAAAUGAAAGGUAACUCUAUGAACUCACGUUUUUUUUUAAUAUGUACAGAUAUGUGGAGCACACACACAUGUGAUAGGUAUAGGUAGGUAGGUAUGUAAGUAGGUAGAUAGAUGUGUGUCUGCAUGCAUAUGGUUCCUAGCUCUGUCAGUUUUGACAGCUUAGAAACAAUAACACGCCUAGCACCCAGAAUUUAGCUUUUUUGUUUUCCACAAAAGGAAUGAAGGUUCCUUUGAGAAACACACUACUGGGUAUUUAUCCAAAGAUUACAAGAACAUUAAUUCAAAGGGA